UUUCUCCUUUUCCCACCCCUCUCACACACACGACCCCCGCCCUGUCUCCUGAGCGAGAAAAAAAAGAUGCGAUCCCAUCGCUUCUUAAAGGCCCUCGAUGCCCCUCCAGAUGGGAUCCUUCUCGACCUUUCCUAUUUAUCUCACACCAGACUCGAAGAAGAAACCCAACAGAUUCCCACUCUAGAUACCCAAACAUCAGCGAUACCCAACUCUUCUUCCACUUCUACUCUCGAGAUACCACCCCACUUUAUCACUCUUGUGCUCGAUUUGUCACAGUCAAAUCAGCUAGCUUACUCUCUUCCACAUCUUACUCGAUUCCCAGGCCUCUUUUCUCUUGUCAGACAAGUUCCAGUCCGUGGAUCUUGAAGGAAAAAACGCAGAAUCAGUUCCUUGGCCCUGAUACCAGCCUGAUCUAUCUUUCUGGAACCCAGUCCAUAUCCUGGAUCGGAUCUGCUUGCUUUGUUUGCUUUCUUUGCUCCUCUCCCGGGCUUGUGUCUGAGCACGACGAAUAACAG